AUGAAAUUGACUCAACAACUUAUCGCAUCGGACCAAGUCAGAGUUCUUCAGAGAAUAUCCGUCACUUUAAUGCAUCUCAUGUUUCCAUCUAAAUUUACAUCACGCGUUCGAAGUUCUCAUGUUACAAAUAAAGCAAUGCAAAUGCGACUUAAUUUAUGCGGCAACGAACUUAUAGAAAGGGAAAAGCCUCGUAAAGACGUUUGUUUGUCGACAGUCAUAGCAACUGCGGUUCAAUACUUGAUGCCAUUAAAUGAGCGAUUAAUAUCGCUGAAAGAACCUCAAGCUCUAAAUUGUGAUUUCUAA